AUGGGCGAUACCUUCAAACAACCUGCUGAGCCGCCCACCGAGUUGGGUCGGUACAGGAUAUUGUCCAGCACCGCUGGUGUAAGAGUAUCCCCUCUGUGCCUUGGGACUUUGUCUAUGGGUGAUGCAUGGCAAGAAUGGCUGGGCAAGACGACCAAGGAGGACUCUUUCAAGCUGCUCGAUGCAUACUACGAAGCUGGAGGCAACUUCAUCGACACCGCGAACAAUUAUCAAGAUGAGCAGUCAGAGACAUGGCUUGGAGAAUGGAUGUCACAGAGGAAAAACCGUGACAUGUUGGUUGUGGCAACUAAAUACACCACCGACUAUCGCAGCCACGAACUCGGCAAGGGUAAGACAGUCAACUACGCUGGCAAUCACAGAAAAUCUCUCCACCUGUCCAUCAAUGCUUCCCUCAAAAAGCUACAGACCGAUUACAUCGAUCUGCUUUAUGUUCACUGGUGGGACUGGAUGACCUCGGUCAAAGAAAUCAUUGACAGCCUCCAUAUCCUUGUGGAUCAAGGCAAAGUGCUUUACCUAGGCAUCUCCGAUGCGCCCGCCUGGGUCGUCAGCAUGGCGAACGAGUACGCACACAAUCACGGCAAGACACCCUUCAGCGUCUACCAAGGCCGCUGGAACGUUAUGCGCCGUGACUUUGAGCGCGACAUCAUCCCCAUGGCGCGGCAUUUUGGAAUGGCUAUUGCACCGUGGGACGUGCUAGGCGGAGGCCAGUUUCAGUCUCUUAAACAAAUCGAAACACGAAAGCAAGCCGGUGGGAGUCUACGCCACGAACAGACCGCAAAGGAGGCAAAGAUGUCCGCGGCGCUUCAAAAGGUUGCCGGAGAACAUAACCUCGAGAGUCUGAGCACCAUUGCGGUCGCGUAUGUGAUACAGAAGGCACCGGGCGUGCUUCCCAUCAUUGGCGGGAGAAAAGUCGAGCAUCUGCACGACAACAUUAAGGCCCUGAGCGUCAAAUUGACGGACGAACAGAUCAAGUACCUAGAGAGUGAGACUGAUUUCGAUGUUGGGUUCCCCAGCGACUUUCUAGGGGAAAGUCCGGUGGCUUCAGGCAAAAGUCCGUAUCUUGUGUCUCUGACUGCACAUAUUGCAUAUCCCACCCCCCAAAAGCCUUUCGUCAAGCAGUAG